GGUUGAGACGGGAAAAGCGAAAGCCUUCGCAUCAGCCCCAGUCGUGCUCUCGCUCAGAGCAGAGUCAGGUCGAUGAUUGCGUGCGUGUGUGAGUGAGUGAGUGUGCGACAGAUAUCGACACGGACGAAGCAAGCGCUGAGCAAGGAGUCCGACGCAAAGCACACAGUCGCAGCUGCCCACAGCGAGCGAAGCAAGCGAGGUGUGGCGCGUGAGGUGAGACGGGAGACGAAGACGAUAGCGCGCGCAGCAGCAGCAGCAACAGCAUGAGAAACUUCUUUCUCAAUUUCUCAUAGUCAUAUCUGCCAAGACUGUCGUGGAAGAAACAUCUCCUCUUCGGUCGUUCGUCCGUGCGCCGACGAUCACGCAGCAUUUUUCUGGAGUUUCCUCAGCUCGAAGGAGGGAUCUUAGAGGGUAGACUUUGCAUCCAGCGAAGGAUCAGCGCGCGCGCGUUUGUGAAGAACCCAAGAUCGAAGACUUGGUUGAUUUUUGAAGUGUUGAAACGAACGAGAAUAGUUUGUGCGAAUAUUUGGAGCCUGAAUGAAACUCGAUUGGAGAUUUGGGAGUUGUGAAUGAUUUUUACUAAGUGGAAACUGAAACGAAUCUAGUGCAAACAAUACAACGAAAACUUGUUGGAAGAUAGUCGAAGAACGUGUGGAGCUCAAUCGAAGCAAUCACAGUGCAGAAAUGUGAAUCAAUCGAAUGAAUCGAACCAAUCUAGAGUGCCUUGCAGUUGCAAACCGAGCUUAAAGUGAUGAAAUCAGUUGACGGAUUAUGUGACCCAAUAUCGAAGCUUGGUGGAAGAUAGUAGUGCCUUUGGAAGAUUCCAUCCAUCCAACUGAAUGAAGUGCAAUUGAAGAUUUAUCGGAAACCAUAGUGAGGCAAUCCAAAGAACUUAAUCAUCACGCUUGAAGGAGCUAGCCGAAGUUGAAACAUUUACUCAACCGUGGACCGCGAGGAGAAGCGAGGAAACCGUACUCGAGGGGCGCUCAAGAUCACAACCCGCCAUGGAUCUCCGCCGGUUGUCAGCGCACUCGGACUCCUCGCAGGAACCGAUGGACAUCAGCUCCGGCAAUAACCGGACGAUCAACAGCAGCAGCAGCGCCAGCGAUGCCAACAACUCCUCGCUGAACAACAACAAUCAUCUCCUCAGCAAAGCCCUGAACCACCAUCACCGCCAUCCCAGCCAGCACCAGAUGGUCAGUGCCGACAAUUCCGACAAUGUCGACUCGGAUGAAGACCGCCGGCAGCAAUCGCGGCACGCCUCGGUACUUCACCAAGCCCGCCACAGCGCCCGCAGCGAGAACCUGCACGCCUUGAUGGAAACCAUGCUGCGAAGGAAGGUGCACAGCUUGAACAACAACAACUACGGCAGCGGCACCACGCUCUUACAGCAGCACCUAGCAGCAGCAGCAGCGGCCGCCAAUGUCGAAAACAACAACCACGAACCGUCGACGGAGGGCGGCGAAGUGACCAAACGGUACGUUUGCCCCAUCUGCGACACAAUCUCCAUGACCAAACAUGACUUCACGGAGCACAUCCGGUCGCACAACAACAGCAAAACCGGCGCCUCCGGAGACAACGGAGAAGGCCAGUUUGUGUGCAAGAUCUGCUCCAAGGUGCUCUCUUCGGCGUCCUCGCUGGAUCGGCACGUCCUCGUCCACACCGGAGAGCGCCCGUUCAACUGCAAGUACUGCAAUCUGACGUUCACCACCAACGGCAACAUGCACCGGCACAUGCGAACCCACAAGCAAUCGGAACGGGAAAGCUACGAAAGCGACGGGUCAACGGACAGCGGAGGCAGCAGCGGCGGAAGCAGUGGCCUUGCCAACAACAAUAACAACAUCUACAGCAGCAAUUACGAUGGCGAGGGAAAGCGGAAGAACUCCGAUGAGAACGUGCACUACAAGCGCAAGAUCCGAACCAUCAACAACAACAUCCUGGACGGAAGCGUAACCGAAGGUGUGCAGAAGUUCUGCUGCCCGGUUUGCAUUCGGAACGACUUCUCCAGCAUGGUCAGCUUGGAGAAUCACAUGGACCGGGAACAUCCGCAGAUUCCGGCCAAGUGCAGACACUGCGAGGUGGUGUUCAAAAGCUACAAGGCCCUGAAUGCCCACCGGUGCGGCAACAACAACUACCAGAACAUCAUGCCCGGAUUCAAGGACUUGACGUUCGUGGAUUUCUCGAGCGAAAAGUUCCCCCUGAUCGCCAAAAGCGUCUGCGAGCAGAGCAUCCGAACUCCCGUCACCAGCCAGAAGUUCGAGUGCGACAAAUGCUACCGAGCAUUCCCCUGCUCGAAGACGCUCGACAUGCACAUGAAGGACUGCGGCGUGUCGGACAACAGCGUUGUGGGAGAAAAGCGCAAAUGGAAAACCAGCGAAGGUUCCUCGGAGGAAGAAGUCAAGCGGGACGACUUCUUCGCCAAUCUCGACCUGCAGAACAAAUCCAUGUCUACCAACAUGUCAUCGAACGUAUCGGAAGCCCCGACGACACCUUCUUCGUUGGACAAGUCCUUCUCCUCUCCCAUCAUGUCCCGAGAGAUCAAGCAGGAACCGACGACCUACUACCACCACAGCGGAGCCAACUUCCCCGCUCAACAGGACACCAAAGAUCUCGCCGACAUUCAGUCGAUCAUCAAUGUGACCUCCUCGGGAAGCUUCUUCCGCCAGUUGGACAAGGACCCCUACCCUCCCCUCAAGGAUGAAGAGGAGGCUCAGGAUGCCUUCACCGCCGAGUUCCGCAAGAUGAAACUCCGCGGCGAGUUCCCGUGCCGACUGUGCACCGCAGUUUUCCCGAACUUGCGCGCCCUCAAGGGACACAACCGCAUCCACGUCUCAGCCGCCGGACCUGGACCGUACCGCUGUAACAUGUGUCCGUAUCUGAUCAACGACAAAGCAACCCUCAUCCGGCACAUGCGAACCCACAACGGGGAUCGGCCGUACGAGUGCGCCCUCUGCAACUACGCCUUCACAACCAAGGCCAAUUGCGAGCGCCAUCUCCGCAACCGCCACGGACGGGCUAGCCGAGAUGAAGUCAAGCGCGCCAUCAUCUACCAUCCAUCGGAGGAUUCGUCCUGCGAAGAUCCGCUCAAAAAGCUGCGGAUGUUCGACACCUCACCGGGAGACUUCGAUCGGGACAUCGACGUGGACCAUCCUUCAGAUCGAAGCACUCCGGUAUCCCAUCUCAAGGACAUGCUCAUGCCAAGUCCGAUGAACCUAGUCACCAAAAUCGAUAGCAACCCAAUGCCAACCACUCCGGCCAAGAUUCAGGUCAAGAGUUUGGAGAAGCUCAAUCAGCUGACUCCCCCUCAGGAUCAAGACUACGAGAAGGAGAUCAAACCAAAGUCCUACGGAGGUGUGCUGGAUCUCCGCAAAAAGCCGGAACCUUUGGUCGUCCGUCGGGAACCCGAUGCCGACUCCGAUCAUCCACGUUCGGAACCAGAGGAUGAAGAAGAUGACGACGACGAGGAUGAUGAUGGUCGCAGGGAAGACGACGCCGAAGACGAAGACGAGGAAGAACAGCAACAGCCAGCCAAAAUGCCCAAGCUGGAUUUGUCUCAACUGGAGAAGAACCAACAGCAGCUGCAGUUGAUGCAGCAGAAGCUGUUCAGCGAAGCCCUCACCGAUCCCACUCGUUACUUCCAGCUCAGCCAGCUGUACAGUCGCUGCGGUUUCCCAGCGAUGCCUUUCCCACUUCCACUGUUCCUCAACAAUCCCCUCCUCUGCGCACCGGGUGCCCUCGGGGACAUGAAAAACUUCUUCCCCAAAGAGUUUCCCACCAUGUUACCGCAAAUGUCCGGCGGAAGCCUCAUCGGAAACCCAUUCCUUUCGCCAUCUGAGUCGCCCAAACAGCAGGAUCAGCCGCAGCCUCAGCAGUCGCCGCUGUCCGUGAACGCCAACCACGUUUCGCCGCUGCCGUCGUCCAAGCAUGCUCAACCAUCGCCGCAAGGAUUGCCAAAUCACCUUCACAAGUCUCAACCGCCGCAGGCACCACCUCCACCACCACCCCCCCAAAUGCCAACGAUUCCCCUCGGAAACGGACCCGUCAAAAUGGUCAUCAAGAACGGAGUCCUGAUGCCAAAGCAGAAGCAACGCCGCUACCGUACCGAACGCCCAUUCGCCUGCGAACAUUGUUCAGCCCGGUUCACACUGCGCUCGAACAUGGAGCGGCAUAUCAAGCAGCAGCAUCCGCAGUACUGGUCGCAGCGACAGCGCGGCGGCCACCACAUGAUGCGCGGUCGAGGAGCGAGUCAUCACGCUGGGAUGGCCGGUGCUCAUCACCAUCCGUCGAUGCCGGCGGCCACCACUGCAGCGUCCCCCUUCGGUAGCAUCUCCGAGCAGGUCAAAUACGCCAUUUUGGCUCAGCAGUCGGGUAAGGCAGGACGCGCCGGGGAAGGAAGUGGGAUGAGCAGCAUGCUUCAGAACAUCAUUGCUCAAGGACAGCGUCCGAACGCACCGCUGGAGCAGCACCAUGACGAACAUCAGCAGCGACUGCCAAUGGAGAUGCAGAAGCUGCAGCAGUUCCUGCAACAGCAGCAACAACAGGUUCUGCAACAGCAUCAGCAGCAGCAAAUGGAAAGACCAAGUGCCAACCACAGCAGCACCAGCAAUAACAAUGGACACGGAGCGGAUGAUGAGGAAGAGGAAGAUGAGCGCGAGUUGGUCAUCGACGAGGAAUUCCAGCCGGAGGAUUUGAGCAAGGGAAACGAAUCGGAAGACGAGAGGCCGUCGAAGAAGGAGAGUCCGGUGUUUCAGCAUCAGAUUCUGAAGCAGAAACUGGAGGAGAGUAAGGAGCAGAGACAGCAAGCGGCUAAGGCUGUGGCCGAGGGGAUUUUGGAGCAAGCGAUGCGCCAGCGCAAGGAGUUAGAGCGUGAGAAGGAGAAGGAAGCUGCCAAGGAUGUGGACAGCGGCAAGGAGGAAGGCGAUUUGGUUCCGGUGUCCAAGCUGGUGGACAAUGCAACAAACGUCGCGUUCGAAAACUACUUUAGCAGACCUGAGGUUCCGCUGUCGCAGGACCAGAGCGAUGAGGAGGGCUUGGUGGCGUCCGGCUCGGCUUCGGAGAGCAACAACUCCGGAACGGACGAUCCCAAUCCGUCCUCGAUCCAGCAGAAGAAGAAAUCCGCCUACAGUUUGGCUCCGAAUCGGGUCAGCUGUCCGUACUGUCAGCGGAUGUUCCCGUGGUCCAGUUCUCUACGGCGCCACAUCCUCACGCACACCGGUCAGAAACCGUUCAAAUGUUCGCAGUGCACACUGCUGUUCACUACAAAGUCCAACUGCGAUCGACACCUGCUGCGAAAGCACGGUGACGUUGAAUCGGCUAUGUCGAUUCCGGUGCCAAUCGAUGAUCUGCUGGACCCGAAGCCGGAACCCAUUCCGGUUGCCGUUGCCGAAGCCAUUGCCAAAUCCAAAGCCACACCACCAACUUCCCGCCCAGUCAGCCCCAAGCCCCAACCUGCUCAACCUACAGAAGAACCCAAGAAGCAUGCCAAGCAACCAAAACCGGAAGAACCUGAACCGCUCCCAGCGCCACCGUGUCCACCGCAAAUCAAAGAAGAACCCUCCGCCGAUGAAGAGCAUCCCGCGGAGCCCCACAUGCCACUCGACGACCCAAGCAUCCCGCCAGUCAACUCGGAUCUCCCGUUCAAGUGCCACCUGUGCGACAGUUCCUUCGUCGAUCGCGUUUCCUGCCUGGAGCACAUCAAGCUCGCUCACGCCCACGAUUUUGCCCUGCUCAUGAACAAGGUAACGCUGGAGGCGGAAAGCGAAGCGCCCUCCGCCUCGCCCGACGACGACGAGAGCGGCAACAAUGGCGAAGGUUGUCGGGGUGGAAAGUAUCCCGACUACGCCAAUCGGAAGGUAGGUCGCAGGUAAUUUGCGCCUUUUGUCUGCGUCGCUUCUGGUCGACGGAAGAUCUGAGGCGCCACAUGCGUACGCAUUCCGGCGAGCGGCCCUUCAAGUGCGACGUGUGCCAACGGCGGUUCACCCUGAAGCACAGCAUGCUGCGUCACCAGCGGAAGCACAAGUGCGGUCGCAUCGGCGGCAUUUUGUCGAAGAUUGUUGGAGCCGCCGGUGCAGCCGCCGCCGCCGCCGCGGCCGUCCACAGCAACAGCUCCGACCUGAGCGACGACGAGCAGGACCAUCCGGCCCUGCUGUCCCGGUCCAAGCAAUCGCUCCUGAGCAAUUCGGAUCUGAUCAGCAACCUGCUCGGCAUCAACGACCAGGGCAUUCUGAACCGGAUGCUGCUCGGGUCCGCCUCGGAAGCGGCCAAACUGCUCGGCGUCGAGAAGUAGGAAGAGCCGGUGCGUGCCGGCGCCGGGAAGCAGCGAUUCUAGUCAUUUUGGUUUACAUGAUUUCCCCACACACACACAUUCCACACCAACACCUUGAAACGAUUGAUCUUGCGUGUAAAUAGAUUUCUACGAUGAGCCGCCGCCGCCGACACAGCGGGUGGAUCGCAGCAGGCGGCUCUCUAGGCGUGAUCGAGUCCUCGAAUAUGGUUUGAUUGCAGCGGUACGCGAGCUGGAGCGCCAAAUUCCACGGAAUAGUAAUUCUAACUGAAUGCAAAUUGCCUUAACGACAUCGAAAAUCAAAAAUACAACUGCGUAGCUUGUAAGGGUUGUGUAGUUUGGUAGGUAUUUAUUUCAACUAUUGAUAGGUAAUAGCGAGCCAGAGCAAACGCGAACUGUGCAACGUUUGCGACGAUGUAAUUUAUAUUUAGGGAGCAGCCUUUUUACGCAUGAACCGAAGUGGCUUAUAACAGUUAGUAGUGAUGAAAAUGUACUUAGAAACGCUCAUGACCGCACGAUUGCGGCCGAAACGGGAGCAGUACAUGCCAGAGAAUCAAAAUUUGUUGUAUAGAAAUGCUCGAACCAGCGGCUGAAAGGUGGGCGACCAUCUUUCCUCCACUGGGGCUUUGCGAGCCCAUUUGUUGCACUGAACGAAAACACCAUGCUUGUUUCAUUAGUUUAGUUAGAUGUUCUCUCUAGGAGUUUGUUUUAGUUGUUUUAUGUUUUAUACCUCAACCCGAUCGUAGAAGUCAGCGUUUUUUUAAAAGACUGUUUUAUUCUCUUUAUACAUUCCCUUUUUACGCAGGAAAGAAAUGCUUGGUACUUAAUUUUAGCUCGUAGUAGACAUAGAUUAUUUUUACAAACAAAACCAAACUGCUUAAUUUUAAUACAAACUUUAUAGGUUUCCCAUCGCUCUUACCACCUUAACAAUUAUUGUAUACAAAAAAAAAAUACACAAAGUGUGUGCGUGCAUACUAGUUUAUAAUUUGCCGACAUGCGGACGAAACGGAUGUGCCUCUUGUAGAAAAAAAGGAUUUUUAAUCAUUCCUCCUUAUAUAGACAACUAGCGAGUAAGAAUAUUUCCCCCGAAAAAGAAAAGUAGGCUCUGAGCCUUCGUGCAGCGAUUCUCCAGCAACCUUGCGUUUGUCCUCCUUCUCCCCACCUAUAAAGCGAAAAGUCUAGUACCCCUCCCCCUCACGAUAGUUGUACAUACAGAUACUUAAAACCAAUUUUUAGUAAUUUAAUUUUACGUUUUCAAUAAUUGAUUCGCGUGUGAAAAGACUUAACCGAAACAAUAUAUACAGCAGAUAACCAAAGUUGCGAAAGAAGGAAAACCGCGGUGCGAUCGCCGGCGGAAAUCGUCGGCGCCACACCGUCAAAUGGGGCAAAACAUUUUUUUGAGUGCAAUUCAUAGGGCAAAGAAAACGACUUUUUUUUUUGUUUUAACUUAAAUGAAAUCAACUUUAUGGAAAAUCCAAAGAUAAACGGAACUUUAAUUUUACGUGCACAUAACUUUAUAAUAACUGAAGAGAAAAACGAAAAGGAAACCAGAACAACGCAAGUCAACGUGUGUACGAUAUUUAUGUUCACAAAACGAAGAAAUCUAACCUUAGAAAAAACGAAACAAAAAAACCUUCAAGUGCCAUCGAAGACAAAGUGCUUGCGAGCGCGCCGAAGACUCCGCGGAGAACCACGUUGAGAACGAUUGCUCACACUAAGUCACAACAAGUCGUGUCUCAUUUUAGUUCUUCGCCAGUAAACCUCUUUUUCCACACAUACAGAUAGAUCCAAAAUAAAUCAGAAUUGCCCCGCCUAUAGAAAGAUUCGUUGCCUUAAAUCGGGGCAGUCGGAAACCAAAAAACACGUUAGCAAAGUAGCAAAUAAAAAACGAAAGUGAUUUGAUAAGGGAGGCAAAGCAUAUUUAACUUAUUACCUAACAAACAUGAUUACACGAAAGACACACACACACACAUUCAUACCUAAGGGUUUAGUGCCUACGAUUUGCUAUUUCUAUUGUUUUGAUGAUGGAUGAUGAACAACGAUACAUAAUUAGCCAAGAAGAAAAAAAACACACAGAAACACUAUUAUCAUGUCGGAAAAAUACGAAACCUACGAUUCAAAACUAAACCUAUAACUUAAAAGCAUAGUUACUUAUAUAUUAUAUAUAUGAAUAAAACAUGAUCUAUGAUUGAAAUAUAUCAAUAAACUUUUGAAAAGAUGAAA